ACUUGCGGGCGAGUGGAGCUUCAUACGCAGGUGUGCUGCACAAACGCUUUAAUUUCCCGUGUAUUCGCUGCCCAGCAACCAUCCUGCAUCUUCUGCGGACAUCAAUCGAGGCGUAUCGCACAUCCAGCAGCCUUUGCAGUCGGUCAUACGUACUCGCAUCCUGCCCACGCCGUCGCGCAUCCGCGGCAGCCAUGCAGAGAAUGCUGCGCGCCGCCGCGCGCGCCGCGCGACGACGAGAAAACCAGCGCUCCGUCUCCACGCUCAUCCUCCUGCGCCACGGCCAGUCGAAGUGGAACGGCGCGGACGCCAUCUUCUCGGGCUGGGUCGACGUGCCCCUGACGGUGAAAGGAAGGGUCGAGGCCGUGGGAGCGGGCCAGUUGUUGAGAGAAAGAGGCUUCCCCGCGAAAAGGGUGGACGUCGCCUUCACGUCCAAUCUACAAAGAGCGCACGAGACGUGCGAGCUGGCCCUGGCGUCGAUGGCCGGCGCGCAGCAGGACACGUGGCACUCCGAUCGUAUUAGAAGGGACGCGCGCCUUAACGAAAGGCAUUAUGGGAGCUUGCAGGGCUGGCGCAAGGCCGACCCGGAGCUGGUCCAGGGUUUUGGGUCUGACAUGCUCCUGAGUUGGAGAAGGACGAUGGACGCCAAGCCGCCGCCCAUGACGAAGGAGCACCACCACUACGAUCCAGAUGCGCCGCGCACGGAGACUCUGCGAGACUGCCAGAAGCGCGUCGUCGCGUGCUGGGAGACGACGAUCGCGCCUGCAUUAUUCGAGGAGGAAAACUUACCGACGGAGAUCGAGAACCGCACGAUUUUGGUGGCGGCCCACUCCAAUACUCUAAGGAUGCUCAUGGCCUACUUCGACGAGGUCGCCGACGAGAAGGUGCCGGAGCUCUACGUGCCGAACGCCGUGCCCAUCAUCUACCGCUUCGAUCCUAGGACAAGGAAGCCGCUCUCGCGCAAGCUGGACACGCAGAGCGGCGGCUCGCACGCGCGGUGGCUCCUGUCCCCCUCAAAUCACGCCCAGGUCCAGGAGGCGCUGCAAAGUGGCGGCAUGCUCACGCGGGCGCUGUUCGAGUCGAUCGACGUCGAGCGGAAGGGCCGGCUGACGGCGGCGGAGUUCGACGCCGGCAUCAAGACGCUGAUGGCCGACGCGGAGCACGUUGACUGCGUCGUCGUCGGCGUCGCGAAGAAGAUCGCGCGCGAGUCCGUGACGCCGAACUGCUCCGUGUCGCUCGCCGAGUUCGAGGAGCUCGCGCAGGCGGCCGUGAGCGAGCUGCACGCCGAGGAGCACAUCGACUACGACGCGGAGCACCGGUGGGACUGACGGAUUUUAUAUAUGAGUAAAAUAAUUGUAUC